UACCACUUCCAUCACUUCCUGUCGCGGUCACGUCCGGUGAAUGUCGCAGCUAAGCGGAGAGCUAAGGGAAGUUCAUCUGUGGAGUUCUGUAUUUACGUCUUGCCAUUACAUCGAGGCUAGAACAUGACCCAGUCUUUGCUCCGAAUCUAACCAUAAAAAAGACAAACUGCAUUGUCUUUUAUAACGCUGCGAUCUUUAUGCAUACGUACCGUCCAGUUCGUGCGGAUUAGGAGGUUUGAGGGCGAGUCUCUCUGGGUGUUUGGCUAGUUAAAUAACUAGCUAGCUAGCCGGCUAGCCAGAGGGAACUGUUUUGUUAUUUAGCAGGUAGUAAUAGUUAACAUCCAUAUUGCUUGAGGUAGGCAUGGCAACUAGGCGCCUGACUGAUGCCUUCUUAUUAAUGCGGAACAAUGCAAUCCAAAACCGGCAGAUUUUGGCUGAGCAAGUGAGUACACACGACCCCCGUCGUGAUCUGAGUACACGUAGCAAUGCUGCGGAGCUGGAUGAGCUGGUCGACGACCGCAUGGCUCUGGUGUCGGGGGUCAGUUUGGACCCGGAAGCUGCUAUUGGAGUCACCAAAAGGCUCUCGCCAAAGUGGGUGGAUGGGGUGGAUGAGAUUCAGUAUGACAUCACACGGAUACGGCAGAAGAUGAAAGAGCUCGCCAGCCUGCACGACAAGCACAUGAACCGACCCACCCUGGACGACAGCAGUGAGGAGGAGCAUGCCAUCGAGAUCACCACGCAGGAGAUCACUCAGAUGUUCCACCGCUGUCAGCGUGCGGUGACCGGCCUGCAGACUCGCUGUGGCCACUGCACCCAGCAGGAGGAGCGGCUUCUCCGCAAUGUGGUGUCCUCGCUGGCCCAAAGUCUGCAGGACCUGUCCACCAGCUUCCGGCACACGCAGUCCGACUACCUGAAACGAAUGAAAAAUCGAGAGGAGCGGUCGAAGCACUUUUUUGACACGUCUGGCCCACUUAUGGAGGAGGAUGAAGACAUGGCCCUGUAUGAUCGGGGAUUCACAGACGACCAGCUGCUCUUGGUGGAGCAGAAUACAGUUAUGGUGGAAGAGAGAGAGAGGGAGAUCCGGCAAAUCGUUCAGUCCAUCUCAGACCUCAACGAGAUCUUUCGGGAUCUGGCCUCCAUGGUGGUGGAGCAGGGCACUGUACUCGACAGAAUCGACUUCAACGUGGAGCAAGCCUGCGUCAAAACGGACGACGGAUUGAAACAACUACAGAAGGCUGAACAAUAUCAGAAGAAAAACCGCAAGAUGCUAUUCAUUUUAAUUCUGUUUGUCAUUGUUGUCAUCCUGAUAAUUGUCCUUUUCGGUGUGAAGUUACGUUAAUUGGGUUCUAUGCUUUUAUGGUGUGUUGUGUAUGUGUUCUGUGUGCGUGAAAGUCCUGUGUGUCAUCCAAUCAGAGCUGCCUUUUCCCAAUGUAAAUUGGAUCUAAUCAGCCACUGUACAUGUCUAACUUAAAGCCAGUUGCUGCGUCCUGUUGGCACCUUAUACUUCUAAAGUUUGGGAAUUUGUAAAAAUGCAUGAAUCCAAAGCAGGAGGAAACCAUUUUAUUUAUUAACUGCCUGCCCCUUUAACCUGGCUGCUCUCGUCUGGAUUAAAAAAAGGUAGGUAGGAUGUUUCCCACCCCAAAAAAGGGGCAGUGACACUGUGGAACAACCGCAUCCCUUGUCUAGUUAGCCAUGACCUCACGCCGCAGCAUGUUUAAAGGCAAAGCACUACACACUCGGCUCGUCCCUGGGCCUCUCGUUUGGCUGCAGGCCACCUGCGAUCGCGAGAAGGGGACCGGUGGUCGGCACCGGGCCCUGUGGCCUCGCUGAACGCUCUCCCUCCAUUCUUCUCCUUUCUGCAUCUGUGGCUUUCUUAAUGAGGUCCACAUCUUAAUUGACCAUGAGAUUUAUUUUGUCGACUGUUUGUUUUGUUGGGUUUUUUUUGUGUGUUUGUUUCAGUCUUGUGAACGUUUGCACACAUGGUUUACACUGAAAAGGAGAUCUAGGGGUGGCGCUGCAGCGGUCGACAUCCGCCUGAUUGCUGGCACCACAUACCCUGCAUUAAGGCUUCCUCCCCUUAUAAGUCUCUCUGGAUCUCUUCAGCCGAUGUGCAUAUACUGAAAGACUGAGAAGUUUGCUUAACUCUGUCUGUUGAUACGUUAUUCUGUAUCAUUUCAAAUCAUAUUUAUUUAAAGUCUAAAAUCAAGUUGUAAGCGUAAAAAUAUAUUAAGUUUUAUGGUCUGUGGCUUCUGAUUUAAUGGUGUUGGUUAAAGAAAAUUGAGCCUGAAGGUGGCAAUGUUAUGAAAGGUCAGCUCGGUUACACACUGAACAAGCAGCACAGGUCCUGAACAAGGACAGCUGAUCUUUCAAUGGGAGAAAUGCAGCACAUCUUACCAUACUGUGGUGCUUGUCUCCAUUUAGGGAGGUGAGCAAAAGAAGAAAUAUUUAUUUAGAUGAGGAAGUGGUCAACCUAGGCUUCUCUUCCCAGAAUUCCUCAAUAUGGCGCUUUGAAUCUCUCAGCCUCAAAAUUCUCCAGAAUGUUAAGAAAAUGGAGAUUAUUGUAGAUGCUCCACUCAGUGUUAGAUCAGUCUUUAUCAUUCCUGUUCCUGGGGGCCUCCAAAAACGUACUUCACCUGCCCUCCCCCCAGUUAUAAAUGCAUCAUACAUUCAGGGAGUUGUCUCCCCUUUUCACUGAACAUCAAAAUUUCUUCUGUAUGAAUUAACUGUACAUGUCGAAUGCUUGAUAACAAGUAGACAUUCCCCAGUGUUUCAUUAGCUGGUACUGAUCUGUACUCCAUAUAUAAAAGUGACAUAAACCUUUUUUUUUUUUUGGGGGGGGGGUGUUUUACACAUAUAUCCCCAGGAACUUUUUUUUUUGGUCAAUGUGUUGAACCAAGAGCAACAACAGCAGAGUAUGAGUUCUUUUGGUAUAUUCCACCAUGCAUAGUCUGGUAAAGGUAAAAAUGAUGGUUAAAUCAGAGAUGGUUAAUCAUGGCGGAAGACUCAUUUGCUGUAACCUGUUUAUUUGUGAAAAAUGCCAUGUAAAAUUAUCUAGGCAUUGUAAUUCUGUCUGUGAACAUGCAUUCAAAUGUCAUGAUGGUACUGUAUAUCUGCUGAGGUUUUAUAAAGAUUGUGGAUUUUUAAAAAAAAAUAAAUGCAGAAAUAUUUAUGAUGAUCAUUUCACUUUGAAUAACUGGAUAUAUUGCCUUCUGGGUUACGCUGUUGCAUAGGUAUUUUUACAUUAGCAGGAUAUUAAACAGAUUGACUCCAUAUCAAUUUGCUAUUAAACAGAUUGACUCCAUAUCAAUUUUCUUGUAGUUUAAUGUUUGUUUUCAACCCAGUGUUUUGGCUUGGUACAGACAAUAUGUUUCUUUUGAGCCUUAAUUCAAAGUUAUGAAUAACAAUCCCAAAAAAACUGGCAUUAGUGUUCAACAAGCAGGGGAUUGUUUUUCAUUUUGAAUGCUAGUUGCAUAUAUUAUGAAAUUGUUGUAUGACUGCACAGUAAAGGAUGUUGUGUUAAGUCUGGCGAUAAAUAGCAAAAUUGAAAUAUGGCACUCCAUGAGACAAUCUUACACAAUAUUAAUUUUGUACUUUGCAUCAUUCCUAAUGAUCAAUGAGGAAUUAUAGGAGGUACCUGGGAAACUACACAGGAUAAUGGGUGUGCUGCUCUAUCUGAUAACCUCUACCUAAAGAGUAUUCCUGCUAAGUACAGACACUGUUCCACUGUGGACUAAAGUCUAUGUGCAAAUGCAUACUGCCUAUUUAAAUCUUAUUGUUCCGGUCAAAUUAUGUCCGUGUUCAAUAAAGAUGACCAUCUGGGUAUUUACAAGA